CGCAUGCCAAUACAGUCUUACUAAAAGCUCACCAUAUAUUCAGUCGCAGCUGUAUGGUAUAGCAACAAGCAUUUAUUGCUCGCAAAGCUAUUCUAUCCAACUCAAGGAGAACAAGUUGCACUGGAAAGCGGGGAGUCUGACGUCAAUCUGUCCCCGCGAGAUUAUCAAUCAUCGACUAGAAGUGGGGGGUAGGCUAGCUGUCAAUCUCAGCCAAGAUCAGACAAAAACAAUCUCAACAUUCGAAAGAAGCUAUCCAUAAAAGAACCAGCAACGAUGACCAAGGUAUUCAUUACUGGUGCAACGGGAUAUAUUGGUGGGGAUGCACUGGCUGUGCUGACUGCCAAACACCCCGAAUUCUCGUAUGCAGCCCUCGUCCGUAGCCCAGAGAAGGCAGAACAAGUGAAGGCGAAGUUUCCAUCUGUUCGGAUAGUCCAAGGUGACCUGGACGACUCGAGUCUAUUGGAGAAAGAAAGUGCUACUGCCGAUAUUGUUUUGCACACUGCGGAUGCCUCUGAUCAUGUAGGAGCUGCAAAUGCCAUCGCUGCAGGACUCGCAGCCGGCCACUCCAAGGAAAAGCCAGGAUACUGGCUCCACACUGGCGGAACUGGCAUUCUGACUUUCGAGGAUUCGGACAGAAAUGUCUACGGCGAAAAGAGCGAGAAGGUGUAUGAUGAUUGGGAUAAGGUGGACGAGCUUGUCAAUCUGCCAGACCAUGCCUUUCACCGGAAUGUCGACAAAAUAGUUCUGGAAACUGGAGCAAAGACAUCAGAUGUGGUAAAAACAGCGCUUGUCUGCCCACCAACCAUAUAUGGUCGGGGUCGUGGUCCAUGCUCUCAACGCGGUCGCCAGGUCUACGAGAUGGCUACGGUGACUCUGAAAUUGAAGAAGGGACCUAUCAUCGGCGGCGGGCAAUCACUCUGGAACAACGUCCACGUUCACGAUCUCAGUGACGUGUACUCUCUUCUCGUGGAUGCUGCAAUUCAGGGCCGUAAUGACGACGGGCUUUGGGGUGCCAACGCAUAUUAUCUAACUGAGAAUGGCGAGCAUCGCUGGGGAGAUUUGGCUCUGUCCACCGCCGAAGCCGCUGCAAAGCUGGGUUACAUCCCACAGGGCAAGGCAGAGACUAUUGACUUGGAAGAUGCAAAGAAAUAUGCGGGCUUCGAGUCUCUCAGUUGGGGUAUGAAUUCAAGAGGCCGUGCACAGCGUGCUCGCCAUCUCUUGGAUUGGAAACCGUCUCGGCCUAGUCUGGUCAGCGAGCUUCCAACUAUCGUUCGCAGCGAAUAUGAGCGUCUGCAGAAGCAGUAAGCCGGCGUGGUUGGAUUGGUGAUAUGACUGGGUAUCAUUGCAUAUUGUACAGCCAUGCGGCUCAACAGAGCUGCAUCUGUAGAUAGAGAAUUAUUGGAGUUCCACAACAAAUCAUAGCUUCUAUAGCAUCUAGCCAUAGGUUAAACCUGAUAUGAGAUAUCUGCUGCCCAAUCUUCCUCUAGCGUGCCGUGCUAAGUGUUGGUAUUUGAGUGUCUU